AUGGGGAACUAUACAGAAGGUCUUUUUCACAACCGCUACUCAAAUGUAUCUGACCUCGCGAAGCAGAUUAUAUCCUACGGGAGAUUCAUGAAGGAAUAUGUGGAAACCACAUUGGGGCUCAGGCUCUUAGUCAAAAGGCUCUGCGACAGGGUCGCACUGGCUCAUCUCGCUACACCAUACCCCUUCGCUCAAUGGGGUAUAGACAUCCUGGGGCCUUUUCCCCCAGCAGCUGGACAAGUCAAAUAUAUCAUGGCUGCUAUCGAUUAUUUCACAAAGUGGGUCGAAGCUGAAGCAGUGGCCUCUAUUACUUCCCGGCGGGUGAAACAAUUUCUAUGGAAGAAUGUAGUCUGUCGUUUCGGAGUUCCUCGGGUGCUGAUCUUAGACAACGGCACUCAAUUUUCUGAUCGGUCUGUUCGGGAAUGGUGCCAGGAGUUGGGAAUCAGGCAACAAUUCACCUCUAUAGCUCAUCCACAGGCUAAUGGCCAAAUUGAGCUUACCAACAGGACUCUGUUGCGCGGUUUAAAAGCAAGAGUAGAUAAGGCGAAGGGUAGCUGGGUGGAAGAACUAUCGAGCAUCCUGUGGUCUUACCGAACCACAGUGAAGGUCUCCAUAGGAGAAACUCCUUUCAGUCUAUGCUACGGCUCAGAAGCGUUAAUCCCAGUUGAAAUUGGAGUGCCUACGCUACGAGUAGAGCUGUUCGACCCUGAAUCCAAUGAGCAAAGUUUGAGGGACAACCUACACCUCCUUGAUGAAUUUCGUGAUCAAGCGAGGAUUCGACAAGCUGCUUAUAAUCAGCUCAUAGAGAGAUACUACAAUCGAUGA